AUGUCAGCUUCGAAUAUUGGGACUGCUAUUGUUGGCGCGGGUAUCUUCGCUAAGGAAGCACUUGGCCCUCUCGCGCCAAAGCUCAAAGCGAUUUACUUGCGAUCAGAGAAGAGCGCUCGUGAACUUGCUGCUCAAGCAACAGCCCUCCUCGAUACUACCCCUGAUGUCUACUUUGACGGAAAUACAUCUUUCAAUCUCGAUGCGCUUCUCGCCAGCGAAAAGCCAGUUGCAGCAGACGUGGCGUCUGGUGUCAAAUUGAUCGCUCAGUAUGAAGCGCAGUAUAAGCCCAAGGGGCUUGUGUGGAGAGUAGCCGAAAAUUCGGAGGCUGAGCCAGGUCAUAUUGCCGCUGGCCGUGCUAUCGCAGCCGGUAAGAUAGGAAAAAGGCACUUCUUCUUCAGCUCUCGUACUGUUAACUUCAUGGACCGGGAUACCAAAUGGUAUACCUCGACGUGGCGGAGAUUUGGACUGUGUCUUCGCUUCAAUCGGAUUAGCAUCAGGGAGCUGGAUACCGGUGUGCGCUCCGUCGCAGCACUUCGUGUCAUACUCCCAAGUGCGAUGACUCGCCUAUCCGGAUUUGCAUCGCUCAACCAAUAGUUGCUUGCUCCCCACGAUACCAUUAACACCAUAAUAAAAAAUGCGGAUGGCCCGCAUGGCGUAUUUGAGCUCAAUUUUGCUGCACCUAGCCUGUCUCGUUGCGAUGUAGAGUCAUCACCAGCACAGAUGACUGGCU